AUGUUUCCUGAAAAUUAUGUAGCAGAAAUUUUGGAUCGUGAAAAGGAAUUAAUCCGAUUGAACGAACGUAUAAAUCAAGGUUCACCAAAACUCUUUAACAAAAAUGAAAAGGCCGCAAUUAUUACGAAAAAGUUUGACAAAAACGUCUGGAAACCAGAAAAAGUCGAAAUCAAAACCGAAGCUGCUACAAAACAAUCUCCACCGAUUUGUACUAGAGCAUCACGUUGUGAAUCGAGUGCCAGCACUCACAGUUCUAACAAAGAUUUACCAGUACCAAAGUCAACAGAUACGACCAGUGACAAUCUAAACGUCGUUCCUCGAGUGCUGGAACGAAAACACGUGAACAAAGAUAAUCUCAUCAAAUUCCUCAAAGCUAAAGUGGCAAUAUUGCAAAAUGAAUUGGAGUCCGCUGUAAGUGAGAACAAAGAACAAAAUGAAACAAUCAAGGAAUUAACGAAAAAAAUCGAAAGAUCCGAUGUUGCAUACAACGCAUUAGACUCCAAUCACGCAUCUUUACAACAAACGGUCAAAAAAUUGGAAGAGAAGAAUGCUCAAUUACGGGAUGUAAUUCAGGAAAAGGAUGAUCGAAUUCAGGCUAUUUCCAAGGAACAAGCUCGCGUGUCUGCAGAGUGGUCAAAGUUGAAAAAAUUAAAUCAAACACUCGAAGUUCGUUUGACGCAGCUCAGACAAACACACGAAGCGACAAAAGCUCGUUUGAAUGAAUUGAGUGAUGCCGAGAAGGAAAUUCGCUUUUCAAAAACUCAGGAAAGGGCCACUCUAGAAGGUCAAAUAAAGGAGUUGAAGAGGGAAAGAAUGCAAAUGUUGAAUGCCUUCAAAAAACAAUUGUUAAGAAUUGACCAAUUGAAACAACAGAACAACUGCUUUGAUGAGGAAAAGUUGAUAGAAAUUGCGGAAAGGGAAUAUAUGAAGUUACUCAAGUGGUCAAGUGGCGAUCAACCAAAUAGUCAUUAG